GAGAUCAUAGCUGUGCAGCUGAGUGGGUAGUGAUGUCCGACUCUGAGGUAGAAACUCCAGAGGAGAAGCAGUGUUGAAGGAGAAGAUCCUGAACUCUUUGAGGAAUUAUGUUGGAAUAUGAAAAACAUGGAGAAUUAAAGACGAAGUCAAUAGAUUUGCUUGAUCUUGGUCCCAGUACUGAUGUCAGUGCUUUAGUAGAAGAAAUCCAGAAGGCAGAACCUCUAAUCACAGCUUCACGAACAGAGCAAGUCAAACUUUUGAUACAGAGGUUACAAGAGAAACUUGGCCAGCACAGCAAUCACACAUUCUAUCUUUUUAAGGUUCUCAAAGCACAUAUAUUGCCACUGACUAAUGUUGCACUUAACAAAUCGGGCUCAUGCUUUAUCACAGGAAGCUACGAUCGGACGUGCAAGCUCUGGGACACUGCUUCUGGAGAGGAGCUGAACACCCUGGAGGGCCACAGGAAUGUGGUUUAUGCCAUCGCAUUCAACAAUCCUUACGGUGACAAAAUUGCCACCGGGUCCUUUGAUAAAACUUGCAAACUCUGGAGUGUAGAAUCAGGAGAAUGUUACCAUACCUUCAGGGGUCAUACAGCAGAAAUAGUGUGUUUAUCAUUUAACCCUCAAAGCACAUUGGUGGCGACUGGAAGUAUGGACACAACAGCCAAAUUGUGGAACAUUCAGAAUGGCGAGGAAGUUUGCACCUUAAGAGGACAUUCUGGCGAAGUCAUCUCCUUGUCAUUUAACACCUCAGGAGACAGAAUCAUCACGGGGUCUUUUGAUCAUACAGUUGUAGUGUGGGACGUUGAUACUGGAAGGAAGGUACAUAUCUUAAUUGGUCAUUGUGCUGAGAUUAGCAGUGCCUUAUUCAAUUGGGAUUGCUCUCUAAUAUUAACUGGAUCUAUGGACAAAACCUGCAUGCUGUGGGAUGCUACAAAUGGAAAAUGUGUGGCAACCUUAACAGGCCAUGAUGAUGAAAUACUAGACAGCUGCUUUGAUUACACUGGAAAGCUUAUUGCAACUGCUUCAGCUGAUGGAACAGCAAGAAUUUUCAGUGCUGCCACAAGAAAAUGCAUUGCCAAACUGGAAGGACAUGGAGGUGAAAUUUCAAAGAUUUCUUUCAACCCUCAAGGGAACCGUCUUCUAACUGGUAGCUCUGACAAAACGGCUAGAAUCUGGGAUGCUCAGACUGGCCAGUGCCUCCAGGUUCUUGAGGGGCACACUGAUGAAAUCUUUUCAUGUACUUUCAACUAUAAAGGCAACAUCGUCAUUACAGGCAGCAAGGAUAAUACCUGUAGGAUAUGGCGUUGACUGAGGGAAGCUGGUCAGUGAGCAACCUUGCUAACAAUGGUAAUCCGGAACUGGAACUUCACAGACAGCAGCUCCUUUAAUAUUUCUUACACUUUCUCUUUUUCUACAAGUCAACUAUUUAUACAACUGUCCUUUAUUUCAUGGAUAUGACCAUUAAACAUGACAAAGUUAUGCCACUCCAAUAUUAUUAUUUGAUGGAGAUGGCAGGACACAGCGUAAUGUUUGGCUAAUGCCACCAGUUAUUUCCGUUGUGUUUGUUUUUUAAAAGCAUUAUGAUACUGAAAAAGAAAACCAGAGUAACUUAACAACGUGUCUCCUGGAUUUUACUUUGAAGCCUAUUGUUAUAAUUUCUGUUGAAUAAAGUGUUUGGAGGAAA